AUGGCUGAGGACACUCCUGCCGCAGCACCCGCUGCUGAGUCGCCGGUUGAGCGCGCUCCGGAGCCCAAAGCUGGUGCCACGGAAUCGGCAUCCGAGCCUUCGAAGGAGGACAAGGCAGAGAACGCUAAUGGGUCGGAGGAGAAGCCGUCUGUUCUUCGGAUUUUCCUACUAGACGAUGCUACCGCCUCUGAAGAGAAGAAGCAAUCACCCGAAGCUUCGGCUGAGCAGCCCAGCGCGCCCGCCGAGUCAACUGACGCGAAGAAAUCGGAAGAGGGCGCUGCCGCCGCGGCCGAGCCUGAAGCUCCUGCGGCUUCAGAAGCCAACGGAACUCCGGCAUCGGCCAAGAAGUCCGGCGGCUCAAAGCGUAAAUCCACGGGUACCGUCCCGGAACACAAAUCCAAGCUCAACAGGAGGAAGUCGCAAGUUCGCGUCACCCACCUGGACGCGAAACCGGGCGAGUACUAUCUCGCGCGUCUUCGAAGCUUCCCCCCCUGGCCGUCUAUCAUUUGCGACGAAGAGAUCCUCCCCCAGACUCUCCUGAGCUCGCGACCCGUGACCGCUCGCCGACCCGACGGUAGCUACAGGGAGGACUACGCCGACGGCGGCAAGCGUGCCCACGAGAGGACUUUCCCCAUCAUGUUCUUUGAGACCAAUGAGUUCGCCUGGAUUCCCAACACCGAUUUGAGCCCCAUCGACUCCGAAGCCUGCAAGCAAGUAUCGGAGAAGGGCAAGUCGAAGUUGCUUCUCGCCGCCUAUGCCGUUGCCAGCGAGGGUAACGACCUUGCGUAUUUCAAGAACCUUUUGGCGGACCACCAGCGUGCCAUGGAGCAGGAGGAGGAAGAGCGCGAAGCUCAGGCGGCCGCAAAGGCAAACGCUAAGGCCGAGCGAGAGGCCAAGAAGAACAAGCGCAAGAGUAUGGAGAUCAUCGACGAUGAGGAUGUGGAUAUGGAAGACGCAGGCGAGGGAGCGAAGAAGUCGAAAAGCUCAAAGAAGCGCAAGAAGGAUGCUGAAACCGAAGGCGAGGAGAAGCCUGCUAAAACACCCAAGACCGGUACCAAGCUGAAGCUUACCACUCCCAAGACUCCGGCCAGCGAGAAGAAGGCCCCCGCUUCGAGCAAGGCCAGGCAGACCGCCAGCAGUAAGAAAGCUAGCAAGGCCAGUGAGGAGGCUGAAGAGGGUACCCCUGCCGCAUCUAAGGAGCCCGAGAAGAAGGUGAACCCGGAGGAAGCCAAGGACAAGAAGGAGAAAGAGAUCCUUUUCGUCCGCCACAAGCUCCAAAAGGGCUUCAUUUCACGCGACCAACCCCCGAAGGAGGAAGAAAUGACCACAAUGUCGGGCUACUUCACCAAGUUGGAGAACUACGGCGAUCUAGAGGUUGCCAUCAUCCGUGCCACCAAGAUCAACAAGGUGUUGAAAAUGAUUGUGAAGCUCAGCUCCAUCCCUCGCGACGAGGAAUUCCAAUUCAGACGCCGUGCCAUGGAUCUUUUGUCCAAGUGGAAGACCGUGCUUGAUGCGGACACCCCGGCUGGCGUCACCGAUGAGAAGGACAAGGACGACAGACUGAAGGCCAACGGCGUGAACAAGGAAGACAGUGUAGACACCCCCACCAAGGCCGACACUGAGGGAGAGAAGGAAGACGAGCCCAAGAGCAAGCAAGAUACUGCUGAGCCUCAGGAUGAGCCGAUGACCGAUGCCGAUGCUGCGGAGAAGUCGGAAGCUCCUGAACCAGCUAAGGAAGAAUCUGACAAGCCGGUCACCAAGGAUGAUGCAGCCACGGCAGACAAGACAAAUGAAGAGAAAUCCACGGAGGAGAAACCUACCGAGGAGAAGUCCGAGGAAAAGACCGCGGAAGCUGCUGCAUAG